AUGGCUGCGACGCAGGCUGAGUCUCAGCGAAGCGAUGCGAACGUAGAUCAGAGUCCAUCGGAACAGCUAAGUGAAUCUCGGAACGUUCUAUUACAAAACGGCACCGACAAGUCCGUCGGGCGCGUUCCGCCCGAUGGCGUUGUGAACACAAAGAGUAAAUCGCCGAUGUCGGCCGAUCCGGGGCAGCCACGCGACGGUGGUGAAGCCCCCGGCCACGACAGGGGCGGUGAUCGGCCAUUGCCGGAUCAGUACGGAUCCUACCGCUACCCAGAGGGUGCGGAUCCUUAUUAUGCUCAACGGCCCGGUUUUCCCGGUAAACCGCGACCGCCGCCACAGCAAAGAUAUUUUCCGGGGCAAACUGUAUCGCAAGCUCCCGGUCCUACACCGACACUUAAUUCUUUACUCCAAUCGAGUGGGGCGCCGCCACAUCGUUAUCCCAAUAGCUAUGACCAGCCACCUGGAGGUUACGGGCCCGCGCCCGGAUGGCCACAGCCGAGGCCAAUGCCACCAUACAAUCCUCAACAGAGCCCAUAUAGAAACUCAACGGAGCAAAGGGAAGGGGGUCCUAAUCUUGCUUUUGAUUUACCAUCUGCUAGUCGCUGUGCUUUUUAG